AUGAGGUGCCGAGGGAUGUGGUUUUCGCGCUGCCGUAACCGGAUGAUCGUCCGAGCUGACUGCCAAGGGGAGAUGGAUGGCCUUCCUCGGCGUCGCCCCUCACUAGAUGAACCCGAAUCUGCUAAGGACUAUAUUGUGUAUGUUCGUGUUGUGGAAGAGACACCAUGGGAUCGAGCCGAGCACGAACAUCCUAAGGGGAAGUUGUUGGAGAAUAACCCCAGUUCGCAGAAGUCGUGGAAAGGUCACUGGUUUUUUGUGAUUGGGUGUUGGGAAGUGGCCUCAGGGGUGGAGAGGCUGAGGGCUCUAGGGCCAAGGCGGUUUAGGGAGAAAAGUGGGGAGAGCGGGGAGUUGUCCGAGGACGAGGAGGGACAACUUGAGGUGAUCCAUGCUCUGCCACCUAGUGCACGCAACGCGGUCAAGCUGUUGUCGAUCAACUCGUUUAGAAAGUCUGGUUUGCUAGACCCGAUCCCAGAGGCAAUGGGUAUUGACAUGAAUGAUCCGAAAGCUCGACAACUGUUGGAGAAGUUGCUCAAGAAGGGAGCCGGAGCAUCGGGCUCUAGGCCGAGAGCCAAGGUCCGAUCGCGUGUGCGACCGAAGGGCUACGAUAGUGGGAAGGGGCCAAUGUCGGAGGAGGAGGAGCCACCGGUGACGAAGAGGCCGAGGCACGAGGAGGGGGCGGAGGGAUCUAUUGUCCCCUCGCCGACCAUACAUCUAGAGAGGAUGAAGGACUUCUUGGACACAACGAAACUAGUACUCUCGGGGGAGAUGUCAUGGGAGGGUUUGGAGGGCAAUGAGAGCACCUACACCACCUCCACUGCUAUGGCGUUCGAGCAAAGCGCACUAUUUUCGCAUUACGAGGCGGUUAGGCUCGUCAUGAUCCAUCAGGAGGCCGGGAAACGCGACGUCGAGACGAAGGCGGUGGUUGAUCGUGCCAAGAAGGUUGCCAAGGAGAGUAGUAGGAAUGAGGUGGAAGCACUGCGGGCUCUGGGGUCAGCCCUGGUGGAAAAAGUGGAGCUUGCUAAAGAGGUGGAGCGAUGGAAGGAAAAGGGUGCUCAGCUGAAGGACGAGAACGUCCGGCUACAGAAGGCAUUGAAGAAUGCUUGCCAGCCCCAGGUGGAGGAUGUGAGGAGCUUUCUCGAGUCAGCCGAUGGUGCAGCCCUAGCUGGUGAGAUACAACUCUCGGGUGGUAUGUACUUAUUAGAGAAGAUUCAGAAGUGCUACCCGGAGUUCGUUUUCAACCUGGAGGACCUGGUGGGCGAGGAGGAGGAGGAAGAGGUUGUGGGCCCAAGAAAGACCGAGCUUGCUCCAACCAUCGAGGCUGAAGUCGUUGCUGCUGGAGGAUGUCUAGCCGAGCCUCGAGAGCCCAGGGUUGAUGCCGAUGUUCGAACCACUUAG